AUGGUUAAGGUAUAUAUUCAUGACAACAAGGUUGACUCCGAUUAUCGCGCACCCCACAAUUCUGGAACAGAACUUUCCCUGGAUGAAUUAGCCAAGUUAGGAGUGAUUUAUAAAUACUGUGCAAAUGAGGAAGAAGUGAAUGAAAUUGCUAGGCAAAGAGAAUAUAAAAAUAGAGAUGUGGUCAACAUCUGCGAAGGUUCCUUCAAAAGUGAAGCAGAGUUUAAUGAAAAACUAGCAACAUUCUACCAAGAGCAUUUACAUGAAGACGAAGAAAUAAGAUACUGUCUCGAGGGUGCUGGAUACUUUGACGUCAGGGAUGCUUCCACACCAGAGAACUGGAUUAGGUGUUUGGUAGAGUCAGGUGAUUUACUGAUUCUUCCACCAGGCAUCUAUCAUCGUUUCACCUUGACAACUAGCAACCACAUCAAGGCCUUGAGACUGUUUAAGGACGAGCCCAAAUGGCAAGCUAUCAACAGGUCAAAUCAGGCUGAUUCAUUGCCUGUACGCAAGGACUACAUUGCCCUGAUCAAUCAGUACUAA